AUGCCAGCUACCCGCGACCGGUCGCAUUCUCCUAUCAUGUCCUUGCCUACCGAGGUUCUGCUCAUGAUCCUCGACUCAGCUAGACAACAAUACUUGCAUCGACGGAUCAUCGGCAUAAAGCGCACAGCGAUACGCAAUUCUGCAGUGCAGCUUGCGUUCGUCUGUCGCACAUGGAUGAAUGUGUUAGCGCUAAAAUCCGUGUUUUGGCAGACCCUUUCCAUUCAGAUCGACGGCCCUACCUUUGUCCCCAGCGUCAUCAAGACAUUCUUCACUGCAUCUCGAAAUCAACUGGUUGAUGUCUCCAUAGCGCCCCUUGACAAGGACGUGUGCACGCUCACCGCUGCACAGGAGCAGGAACGCGUCAGCUUUAUUGUGGGACAGCUCGCUCGACACUUGGGGCGCUUGAUCAAACUCUCCGUCGUCACCUUCUAUCGCUCGACUCUCGUUGAAUCCAGUCACUUCCUGGAUCGUAGCGAUAUACCUCGCCUUUCCACUCUACACUUGGUUUCGCAAAAUACAGAUGUGACUACCCCUCUCUUGAUUUCUGAGCUGAAGUGGCCAGAUCUUUCGGAGCUACACACCGAUGCCGCGAGCUUUAUCGAUAUCUUCAGAGAGGGACAUGCUUCUUGGUUGUACGACAUUGACCUCCGCCUCACCAAGUUCAAGCCAGUGGACCGGAAAGAGGGCAUAGACCCACUCAAAUUUCUCGAUAAUCUGUGCGAACUUAGUCAGAACAAGAAGCUCUCGCUCUGCAUCGAAGACACUGACUUCGACUUCGACUUCGACUUCGACUUCGACGCCUCCUCCAUCGCGCUACCGAGCCAUAUCACUUUGAUGAACUUGGAAAGGCUUAGGCUCCACAACCUCAAGGAGCCCUUUGUCUCCCUUAUCUGCAGCAUCGUCCGCUCUCCAGACCUCGAGAAAAUCGAAAUAUCCCGAUGCGAGAUCGCGCCUCAGUCUCGGCCCCCCCAUCCCCGCAUGCGCAUGCCAGGCCUCGAGCUCCAUCUCACAGACAUCAGCUCUAGUGUUUUGCUACUGCGCAUGAUACAGGACUUCGAGGGGUGGAAGCUUUACAUCGAGGACUGUCCGGGCUUCAACGACUGGGUACUCGGCGCCAUGGCCUUUUCGUGCAGAGGAGAGCAACAGUUUGCGUGCCAGUCUAUAGCCUCUCUCGAAAUCAAGGGGUGUACGUUCUCACCCGGUGCUCUGAAGCACAUGUGCGAGAUGAGGCUGGGUGUUGGUGCCAUCGAGGAACUGGAUAUCAGUGAUGCUGUACUGCCACUCGAAGAGCAUCUUGGGAAAUGGUUUGAAGAGAACGUCGAGAGCUUCUCAUGGAUUGGUAGAGAAAGUCAGCUUCUCUAG